AUGCCCAGCAAAUGCCAAGUGUGUGAAGUUCAGAUCUCCAAGUAUAAAUGCCCAAAAUGCGGUAUUCGUUAUUGUAGCUUAACCUGUUUUAAGGAUGAGAUCAAACACGUUCACAAUGAGUCGACACAGCAGCCAGUAGACGAAGGGAAUAGACCCGACGGUUCGCAGCCCAAUGCGAUGGAUUUGGAGCUGAAAAAACUGAAAACGGAUAACUUUGAUCGUAUCUACCAGAAAACUCCGGAGAUUCAGGAACUUCUAAGCUACAAUACCGUGAAAUUUCACUUAGCCAAAGUGUACCGAAUUCUGAGCACCGGGUCUGGAGCACUCGGAUCCGCGGAGGGCUAUUUGUCCACGGAGGCAAAGCAGCAGCUCGCGGUAGACUAUUUGAACACGCUACGAUACGGUGGGAUCCACCACAAUGAGGCGAUCGAAGAAUUCUGCCAAAUAGCCUUGGCCAAGCUCGACGCGGGGUCUCCCACAUAG